GGUUCCGCGACCCCGCGUACGACUAGCAUACCGUCUUUGGUGCCCUGUGCCGCCCAGUGAUCGGCACCGCCUCUAAGAUUGGCUCGCUUCCGUGGAUGGAAUGAGCUCGCACUGAUCACUAUAACUUCCCCACAUAUAUUUUUGAGUGGUCAUCUGUUACCACUCGCUGUCGAGCCUAUACCACGCACUACCUAUCCCAACUAUGACGAUGACACGCUCGACGCCAUCGCUUUUAACCUCGACGGAGCCGCGGACUGCGGCCGCUGCCAAAGUCUACAUCGGCCAUAUACAGCUCAGGGAUGUAGUUAUAUGUCCUCACGAACGCGGGAUCGUGAGCUAUCCGAGCGGCAAGGCUAUCAUGGAACACGACAUUCUUGUUCCGAAUGCUGCACCACGCCGCAUUGCAGACCUAUCUUUCCAGCCAAACUCGCUAUCCUCCCUUGUACUUGACAAUGGGGAUACUUUGCUCGCUGUCGGCGGACAAGAAGCAGAGUUGCAUCUGUCCCUCUACGGAUCUCCACCAUCCUACUCUAGUGGCGGCAGCCUAGCUGCUCGUGAACCCGCGCAUCGGUUUGGUCGACAGCGAUGGAAGACCGAAGUAACCCUCGAGGGCGCUUCUAUUAACAACUCGGUGCUUCUGACGUCUCUCAGCUUGACUGGCUCAAACGAGAGCAGCGCGGAGCCACGAAUAGUUGUCAGCAAUAACGACCGUACUGUGAAGUUCUUCGACAUUGCGACACGGAGCGUGAAGCACAACGAUCAACGCCUGUCCCAUGCAGGACACCUUCGCCUGGACGUGGCUGUCAACCACUCUUCAAUAUCGCCGGAUGGCCGGACCUUGCUCUCUGUGGGAGACUCGCCCGAUGUCUUCCUGCACCGGAUAACGGGAGGUGCCCGCAUCACCUUUUCACACAUGAUGAAGCUCUCGCUCUCACGAUAUAUCAAUUUUAUCCCGUCAUACAGCUAUGGCUUGGUAACACCAUACUCCGCCGGCACGCCUGUACCUGCAUCGUUCUCGACAGCAUUCUCAGCUAACGGCUCAAAAUUCGCGGUGGCGUCGCAGGAAGGAGUAGUUGUGGUGUGGGAUGUAAGGAGCUCCAAGCCGCUGAAGGUCAUACAAACUGACAAGGAGAGGCCAACAAAUACCGCUGGGUCACAUGGUAACGGUGGCGCCAGUGGGUGGAUCUCUGAGCCCCCCUUUGACUGGGCUCAAGGGUCUCAAAAAGCACCAGGCUGGGGGGUACGCAGUGUCAAGUUUAGCCCACGCGGUGUCGGCCGCGAAGUCAUGACAUUCACCGAGCACACCUCAUUAUUGCACGUCGUCGAUGCUCAAACUUUCGAGACGGAAGAGAUCAUUCGCGUGCCUCCCUUCGACUCGCCUCCGGCAACGCGACCCAUCACGGUGCGUCAACGGUCAGAUUCGCCGGCCUCGAUAUCAUCACGAUCGACUGUGGAACGCGCGCAUAUGUCCUCAUCGCAACUCCCACCGCCACCUCGGAUCAUGCUUUUCAGCGGUGCGCUAGAAGACACCUUCCGUAUACCCUCCAUUGACACCACAGGCCGCCGUCGACAACGAAUUCACGGCGCGCCCGAAGACGAUAGCGAAGGCAUCGUUGUCAUCCCGCCUCUUGGUGACCGUGAAGUCGAUGAUGACGUGCGGAGGCUGAUUGAGGGCCGGCAUGCUAUUACUCUGCGUAUUCGUGGCGCGUCACACCCAGACGACGAAGACGGUGGCCGAGACGACACCCGGGAAGAUGAAAUGGAUGUGGAUGAGCUCGAUCCAGACUGUGUCUCAUCAUAUAGCCCGUCUCGUGCAGCGUCUCCCACACCCUCUCCCGGUCCCUCAUCCGCACCGUCCGGCUCCGGGCUUUCGCGCUUCGACCCCGUGCGUCGUGCCGGUCUUCUUGAGCGGCGCGAGUCAGCGAGCCCGUACCUUGCGCGACGAGGGUCUUCGCAAGGCCUGCGCCGGCAUCAGCGCCGCGGCGACACCGCCGGCGACAUCGAGAUCGACCAAGAUCUUGCGGGCACGUGUUUCGAUCCCUCGGGCGAGUAUAUCUACGUGGGCGCCAUGGGCGGAAUCGCGGAGUGGAAGGUGCGCGGCGCUGAGCAGCGCUGGUGGUCAGAAGCUACCUUUGCUUGAUGUGCCCUAUCCUUGCACUGACGAUCCUGACGACCUAUGUCAUGAUGCACGUUUCUCUCUUCUUUCUUACCACCUCCACUGGGGGUUCCCUCUUUCCAGUUUACAUACGGACAAUCCGUGUCCCAUAUCGUGUUCUAUACCAACGUUAUCCCACAUCUCCUCAGCUUGUGUUUUAUUGCUGUCUAGUUAUCUCUGGCACUCAUCUGUACGAUACAUAUCUCCUCGCCUUCCC